ACAAAGUCACGGAGCUGAGGAUCUUGCUGCUUGGAAAGGUCGGAGUUGGGAACAGUGCUUCAGGAAACACCAUCCUGGGCAAUGAAGGUGGUUUCCCCAUAGCAAACGGUCUAUGCGCUACCACAAUGAAGUGCUGUAAGAAAGACAAUGAAAUUAACAACCAAAAAGUGGUUGUUGUCGAUACUCCGGGUCUGAGUAACCCUAACAGAACAGACGAAGAGGUGGUGGCAGAGAUCAAUAUAUCCAUCUCCCUCACCCAUCCUGGUCCUCACGUGUUCCUGCUGGUGCUGAGGUUCGGCGAUAGAUUCACAGAAGAGGAAAUUAACAUUUUGAAAAUCAUUCGCAGCACUUUUGGCAAAAACACAAAUGCUCACACUAUGAUCUUGUUCACCAAUGAAGACCAGAAACCAAAAGAGGAAAUCAAACCCUAUAUUCGGUCAAAUAAAGAUCUCUUCAGCCUCGUCACAGCGUGCAAGUGGAAUUACCAUGUUUUUGACAACGACGACCAGGAACACAAUGAAGUCCCUGAGCUGCUGGAAAAGAUGAGCAGAAUGGUUCAGAAAGCAGGAGGAUGCUACACUCCUGAGAUGCUCGAAGAAUCUGAAACAGAAUUAAGAAAAUAA